GUUAAGCUAUUGUAUAUGCGGUUCGCUAUCGUGAUCCUAGUGACGAUCUAUACUGUAAUGACAUGCCAUUUGACGGCAAAACUUCUUUCGAAAAGCAAACGUCCGCUGUGGGCUCAAAUGAAAUUUCCUAACGGAACCGAAAGUGAUUUCGAAAGUAGCGAUAGAAACUACACCAUCACCAUUUCGGAACCAUAUUGCAGUUUGAAGCCGACCAUAGUCACAUCUUAUCUGACACGUCCUUCAACUGGUGUGGAACCUCUCGGAGCGACUUCAGCAUUCAUCGAUGGGAUGGGCUUUCUUGAGUAUCUGGUAAAAAUUUUCACCGAUCCACUGACAUCACAAAGAUUAUGCCCGUAA